CUGUCAUCCACGCGGGCGGGGCGAGGCUCCUGGCAGGACCAGGGUCCGGGAGCCUGGCGAGCGCUGAGGCGGCGUCAUGUCCUCCGAGGUGGCCGCGCGCCGCGAUGCCAAGAAGCUGGUGCGCUCCCCCAGCGGCCUGCGCAUGGUGCCCGAGCACCGCGCCUUUGGCAGCCCCUUCGGCCUGGAGGAGCCUCAGUGGGUCCCAGACAAGGAGUGCCCGAGAUGUAUGCAGUGUGAUGCCAAGUUUGACUUUCUCACCAGAAAGCACCACUGUCGCAGGUGUGGGAAGUGCUUCUGUGACAAGUGCUGUGGCCAGAAGGUGCCGCUGCGGCGCAUGUGCUUCGUGGACCCCGUGCGGCAGUGCGCCGAGUGCGCGCUCGUGUCGCACAAGGAGGCCGAGUUCUACGACAAGCAGCUCAAAGUGCUCCUGAGUGGAGCCACCUUCCUCGUAACUUUUGGAGACGCCGAGAAACCAGAAGCAAUGGUUUGCCGUCUCUCCAACAACCAGAGGUACUUGCUUCUGGAAGGGGACAGCCGCUACGAGAUUGAAAUCGCACGCAUUUCCACCGUGCAGAUCCUCACAGAAGGCUUCCCCCCCGGGGAAAAAGACACUCACACUUACACCAGCCUCCUGGGGAGCCAGCCCGUCUCUGAAGGGGGCAACGCACGGGCCACAGGCAUGUCCCUGCAGUAUGCAGCACCAGGGGCGGAGGGCAUGACCCAGCUGAGGCUGACGGCGGGGGAGGAUGCAAAUGCCAGCAGGAGGCAGUCGACAGCGUGGCUGGCGGCCAUGCACAAGGCCACCAAGCUCCUCUAUGAGUCACGGGACCAGUAA